AUGCGUGCCUGCUCAGAUUUGAUUUCUCUCUCGGCCCUGCUGAUGCAGGUGCUCCCCUUCGCCGUGGCUCACCCUGCCUCGAGUAUUCCCAGUAGUUUCAGCUGGCCGAGCAACUGGCCCGGCAACAGCAACGGAGCUGUCAGCCACGGCGAUCCUAGUGAUGGCGGUGAUGGCUGGAAUGGCCAAGCCUGCGGCGGCCACGCGGGUGGCCGCAACGGUGGUGGUGGUCAAUGGAAUGGUGGCGGUGGUUGGCCACAGACCCUGACCGUGACUAUUGACUGCCCUCCGAAACCGACGGAAACAAUCACCAUCACGACCGAUGAUAACGGUGGCGGCACAGCCACUUUCACAGAGACGAUUACUACCACCGUGACUACGGGUGGAGGUGGUUCAGUUGUCACAACUACAGAGACUGAUACUGUCAUCUCAACGAUCAGCGACUGCACAGAGAUAACCACAGACACUACAACCAUGACGGCAGACCCAUCAACAUCGACUAUCACAGUUCCCGGACCGACAGUAACCACUACUGAUACCGUGACGACAGCAGCCUCGACUGUGACCGAUCCAGGUGUCACUACAACUGAGACCGUCACCCGCACCAGCACCGAUACUACCACCGACACCAACUAUCAAACUAUUACGGAUACCAUCACCAGUACUUCGACCAAAACGUUGAUCGAAACAACCACCGCCACCGUGACGACCGCCGACCCGUCCUGCACAACUAGCCCCAUCGACUACGGCUCCUGCUCAGACCCGACAAUCAACUACGAGUACGGUCUGGACAACCGCACCACGUACGCGUACACAACCAACAAUCAGGAAGACUUCCCCUUCGGCAGUGACACGUCCAUCUACUCACCUGAAGAUCUGAUCUGUAACCGUCUGCGCAGCCCAUGCGAUGCACCCCAGUCGACCAUUGAUCUGUGCUACGAGGCAGAAGCGGCCACCGCUGAUCUCGAGGGUGAGGAAGCCGCGCAAGUCUGGAACGAUAUCAUGACCGGUGUCACAACCCCUUAA